UGCCUGCCCCGGGAGCCUCUCACAGGCAGCGCAGCGCUCCGUGCAGCCGCAGCUCCGAGCCCAGCGCGCCAGUGAAGAAAUCUCAGAGGGGAAGGAGCCGGGGCGGGGCCGGGCUCGCUGCUAUAAAGGCGGGGCGGCAGGAGCCGUUUCACUUUCCGUGUCCGCUGCCGCACGUCCGCUCAGCCCCGCCCGGCCAUCAGCAUGGCGCUGUCCGCAGACCCCCAUUUCAAGAAGCUGCAAGAGUGGCACAAGGCGAACGCCUCCAAGCUCGUCCUGCGGCAGCUGUUCGAGGGCGACAAGGACCGCUUCCAUAAGUUCAGCCUGACUCUGAAUACUGAUCAUGGGGACAUCUUACUGGACUACUCGAAGAACCUUGUUACAGAAGAAGUGAUGAAAAUGCUGAUUGAACUGGCGAAGUCAAGGGGUGUGGAAAGUGCCAGAGAACGAAUGUUCAGUGGAGAGAAGAUCAACUUCACUGAGAACCGGGCUGUGCUUCACAUUGCUCUGAGAAAUCGUUCCAAUACCCCAAUACUUGUAGAUGGGAAAGAUGUUGUUCCAGAAGUAAACAAAGUGUUGGAUAAAAUGAAACACUUCUGCCAGAAAGUCCGUAGUGGUGAAUGGAAAGGCUACACAGGGAAAGCUAUCACUGAUGUGGUCAAUAUUGGGAUUGGUGGCUCUGACUUGGGCCCUCUGAUGGUAACCGAAGCAUUGAAACCAUAUUCCAAGGGAGGCCCACGUGUUUGGUUUGUAUCUAACAUUGAUGGUACUCAUAUAGCCAAAACCCUGGCUGAGCUCCACCCAGAAACCACACUCUUCAUCAUUGCAUCAAAGACCUUCACCACCCAAGAAACGAUCACCAAUGCAGUAACGGCCAAAGAGUGGUUCCUACAUGCUGCUAAGGAUCCAUCAGCUGUGGCCAAACAUUUUGUUGCCUUGUCUACCAAUGGUCCUAAAGUUAAAGAGUUUGGAAUUGACACUGAGAACAUGUUUGAGUUCUGGGAUUGGGUUGGCGGUCGCUAUUCUCUGUGGUCAGCCAUUGGUCUCUCCAUUGCCCUUCAUAUUGGUUUUGACAACUUUGAGAGCCUGCUUGCUGGAGGCCACUGGAUGGAUAAACACUUCCAUACUGCUCCACUGGAGAAGAAUGUGCCUGUUCUCUUGGCCAUGCUGGGGGUGUGGUAUAUAAACUGCUAUGGAUGUGAAACCCAUGCACUUCUGCCCUAUGACCAAUAUAUGCACCGCUUUGCUGCCUACUUCCAGCAGGGUGACAUGGAAUCUAAUGGCAAAUACAUUACCAAGAAAGGAUCUCGUGUGGACUACAAUACCGGCCCUAUCGUGUGGGGAGAGCCUGGCACCAAUGGGCAGCAUGCAUUUUACCAGCUCAUUCAUCAAGGAACACGCAUGAUUCCCUGUGACUUCAUGAUCCCAGUUCAGACUCAGCAUCCUGUCAGAAAUGGUUUGCAUCACAAGAUCCUUUUGGCCAACUUCCUUGCUCAGACUGAGGCCUUGAUGAAAGGAAAGACUGCUGAUGAAGCUCGUAAGGAACUGCAAGCAGCUGGACUGAGUGGAGAUGCUCUGGAGAAGCUUCUUCCCCAUAAAGUCUUUGAGGGUAAUCGCCCAACCAAUUCCAUCAUGUUUACAAAACUCAACCCAUUCACCCUGGGAGCAAUCAUUGCGAUGUAUGAGCACAAAAUAUUUGUUCAGGGAGUUGUCUGGGAUAUUAACAGCUAUGAUCAGUGGGGAGUUGAGCUUGGAAAACAGCUUGCCAAGAAAAUUGAGCCUGAGUUGGAGUCAGAUGCUCCAGUGACAUCUCAUGAUAGCUCAACAAAUGGGCUCAUCGGUUUCAUCAAAAAACACAGAGCCUGAAAUGAAAGUUUCUGAGGACAUCGACAAUCUAGCCACCGAAUACUCAAGUCUGUUGUAGUUGUGCUUUUUAGCCACUUUUAACAAAAAUAGCACUUUACUGAUGUAGCUUCUUCACUUGUUGCCGUUGACCUUGUUGUGUCAAGUCAAUGAAAACUAGUUUUGUGAAACCCAGAGAUUGUAUAGGUGCUUUCUAUUUUUGUGGUUGUUAAUCUGUAAAGUGCAGUUGGUACGUUCCUCACUUCUUAUCCGUCAACUUCCUUAAAGAUGAUCACAUAAUGAUAUUAGAAAAUAAAAGAUAUGAUGGAUGAGUAGUUCUUCAUUCUAUAUCUUCAAACACUAGGUGCAGACCUAGUAAUGCUUGCCUUACUGUGUGUAAGGUUCUCUUAAAGCCAUGUACACUAACUUCUGUCUGGCAUGUCAUUGCCCUGGUCUGGGUCUGCUGUAUGCUAGCUAGAAGUAUGAUCAAAGAUUCAAGUAAUCUACAGCUAUAAAUGUUCAGAUUGUAUGUUAUGCAUUUGGGCAAGAUGCAGAUUAUUUUCAGUGCUACUGUGCAAGGUUUGCAAAUGGUUGAAGGUCUGUACUGGUUUCUCCAGAAGCUACAGAGGCUCUGCACAGAUGGGUUCUUUCUUCAAAAAGGAGGAAAGUUUCUGGAGUGAUAGCGAUAGUUUAUUUUCCAAACUGUUUUCAAGAGCUUAUGUGAGCUGAAGUCUGGCAUUGCUUGCAGCUGUGUAUUUUGGUAUCCUCCACAGGCAGCUCAUCUCACUCAUCUCAGUCUUAAGUGGGCAUCGCUGUUCUAACAUAACUGAAUAGAGUACAGUAUCAGUAUGUGUGAACAAGCUGCUUGUAUCCUCUAGUUCUCUACCGCUGUUGUUAGCCCUCACAUUAGCGGAUGAGCAUGCUGUGCCUCUUUGUCUCUAACACCUUUUAAUAAAGGUAAGACACAAGCAUGGAAGAGGAAAACAAGAUGAAUUAACUGUGAGUCUCAUACAGUGAAUUUCCAUGACAAAUGCUCCUGUACUAAGUCUAAGCCUGUACCACUUAAUGUGCAUGUCUGCUACUUAUACAUUAAUUGUCAAUUAAUGUAUAGUAAUAAUAAAGCAUGUAUAAGCAUUGCCAAUUAA